AUGUUCGCUAUUGGUGAGCUCUUGGAGCAUAUCCUGCGCCAUGUUCCUGGAAAAGACCUCCUCCGACUGCAGCGGGUCUGCAAGCGAUGGCGGAAUACCAUCCGUCUUCGCAGCUUCCGGCCUCUACUCUGGAUAGAGCCUGUAUUAUCCGCAGAAGGCGACCCACAUUUCAUUGCACCCAAUGUUCCACAAGGCUCCGUGUACCCAGCCAGACUCCGUCUCGUGCAAAAAGAAUUCUUCGACAGUUGGCAUGACUACGAGGACAGUCUCAUAUACCUCAAUCGGCGCUCAAGAAUGAGCAAGGAACUCGAAGAGUCUGUCAUCGAGAAGGGCAAAUGGUCCGUUCCAUCUCUGCAGUCGAUUUGCAGUGCCUGCGGCUGCUGCCACGGCCACUUCCGCCUCAACAACAUGCAUCCGCUGCUGCACUGGCUGCUCACAAGCUCCGCGCUCACGGUCUGCAUAUCUGGAUACGGGACCCACGUUCAUAUCUCUAUCUGCGAAAGGCGCCUACCUUCACUGGAGAAUUCCCACGUUGUCCAUGAUUCACAAGCCCUCGCGCUCAGCCAUUUGGUGAUCGACACUUACAAUCGCAUGGAACGACACGCCCGCGGAAAUGACAUGUUCCUGAAUCCUAUAUGUACCCAGGUCUUGGUAUCUUUCUAUGACAAAUCCGAAGUCGAGUGGGCUAAGGAGCCUUUGCGGGUGCGGCGGGUGGUAUUGCUCCUUGGGAGGGUGUGCAGCCGAUUUUUGUCUCAAAGUUCAAUUGAAGGAAAAGAAAGUGAGAGACAGGCUGCGCUUGAGGAGCUGAGUGGAUUGCCGCAGAGCUGGCCGAGGGUUUGGGUUGGGCGCCAGGUAGCUAAUUGA